UGUAAAUGUUUUACUUCUCUGUGGGUGGGAGUAAUAAACGGUAAUAAAAACAGCAAUACAAGCUCUCACCACACCUGAAAGUGAUUGAUAAGAUAGUCAACACAUCGCUGUAAACAAACAAUCAUGUUGGGACGGAUUCUUCUAGUGUUGUGCUUGGCAGCCUUGGCAAGUGCAGCUGUGAUCCCUGAUGGCUCUAAAGUGCCAAAAUGCUCCGAAUACUCCCUUCCCAUGUGUACCCGGGAAUAUAACCCUGUGUGUGGAACUGAUGGAGCCACUUACCCAAACGAGUGCAUGCUGUGUCUGGAUAACAUGGAGAAGAAGGUGAACACGUUGAUCUCCAGGAUGGGAGAAUGCUGAGGAGAAUCAAUCCACUCGUUUAGAUUUGGUUUCUGACAUGAAGACCAGAACCAUGUGCUGUGUUUUUAAUGUUUUUAAUGUUGAGAUGAAGUGUUGUCCUUUUUUAAAUUGUUCUAAUUCUUAAAUAAAUCCUUUAUGUAGCAA